AUGAUUUUUCUCACAUCAAAAGAACACCCCCAAUAUUCCGAGGUUAUCACGUGUGCCCCUUCAUCACAACAUAGCAGUGACUUCAAGGUCGUCAUAUCUCCCUCAACACCAAAAGAACAUCACAGCGAGGGCACCUAUGUUGGAAGAGGACAAUCCGGGGCAUGUCAGAUGGGGCCAGAAUUCCCACCUGUUGCUACCCAUCCUCGGAUCAAGAGCCUGGUGGCUAUAAACGCAGAACAGUACUCUGGAUCUCUUGCAUGUGGCAUGUGCUUCAGGGUGCUAGGUACAGGUGUGGGUACUGGAUCAGAUCCUAUAAAAGGAGACUUCUACGUCUUCGUCAACGACAUAUGUCCGGAAUGUAAAGAAGGCGACAUUGACCUCGCGGAGGAAGGUGAUGGAAGUUGGGAGGUGGAGAUUCAGGCUGUACAGUGUCCGGUCGGAAACACCAAGAUAGAAUAUAAGUUCCAAGGAAGCAAUGCAUGGUACAUCAAGCUCCAGGUCAGGAACGCAAGGCUCCCAGUCAACUCCAUUCUGGUUGAUCGCGAUGGACGACCAGAGCCCAUGAAGCACACGUCAGAUGGGUUCUGGGAAUUAAGUGAUGGACUCAUAGAACUCCCCAUCAAGCUGGAAAUGACUUCAAUCAACGGGGAAUCCAUCCGUGACAUCAUAACCGGUAUAGAAAACGAUGUUGUCAUACAAGGAGAAAACGGGGUUCAGUUCAAUCGUGACAACCGCCUUCCUCAUGCUUGAACCUGUGAUGCCCGAAUACACGCGAGUACAGUAGUGUUACAAUCUCAGUGUAUCAUGACGCUAGUACAGUGGUACCGUCACCGUCAUGAACUACUCGUACUACUCUGAAUCUCCUUAGUCACAUCUGGUAAUAAAUUACACUAAUGUCACAAUAUCCUGAA